CUCUGGGAAGGAGAGGCUAGGCUUCUUUUGCGCGUGCGCAGCAGUAGUCCCGUCACCUCACUCGUCUUCUCUGGGCUCCGGGAAGCGGUUUGGGAACCUGGGGGGUCUGCUCGAAGGAGGCGCACCUGGGUUACCGUGAAACAAAUGGACCCUUGUGAGGUAGGAAGCAGGGAGUCUCUAUAAACAGGAGUCUUAACCUGGAGGAGAGCACCGCCUGACCUUAAACCUGUCUCCAGAACUUCAGAGCAGAGACAGAAGAACCCAGAAAGGAGCAGAUCCUAGAUGCGUAAGGUCAGAAGUUGUUCUUAAUCUCCCUGCUGAGAAUGAGCCAGUCGUGGAAAUGACGCCACCUCUAGAAGCCAGCAGACUUAUGACACUUGGGAGUUUGGACAGCCUUGAGAAGAACAAGGUGAGCUGGGUGGCUUAGGGACAGGCCACUUAGGAAAGGCCACUUUCUUGGAGACCUUGUGAAGGUGGGGGCAUAACCAGGCAGAAGGAGGAAAUGCUGUUUCCAAUCUCCUCAAAUGGCCCCCGCUCAUGACACAUGCUCUGCUGCUGUUGCAUGUGUCCAUCACUAUAUGUGACACUAGUGACCUCCUGACCUCACAGGAUCCCAGAAUGAUGAUGUGUUAAGGGUUUUUCAAGGUCACCUAUUUCUAACUCUUCAAAACUUUAAAGACAUUGGGCCCGAAAGGUUCAAUGACUUGUUCAGGGAAGCUCAGUUUUCGACAGAAUCAGGAGGAAAACAGUGCGCUUCACUCUCACAGCUGCACCACAGUUCUCAACCCUCCCAAGAGCACAAAAUGAACAUACCUCAGGCAGCAGUGUCAUUCAAAGACGUGACUGUGGCGUUCACCCAGGAGGAGUGGCAGCAGCUGGACUCUGCGCAGAGGACCCUGUACAGAGAUGUGACGCUGGAGAACUACAGCCACCUCGUCUCAGUGGGGUACUGCUUUACAAAACCAGAACUGAUCUUCAUGUUGGAACAAGGGGAUGAUCCGUGGUUAUUAGAGAAAGAAUUUGUAAAAAGGCGUUCCCCAGAAGAAUACCAACCUGAUGAACUCUUAGAAAGGAGCCUAGAAAACCACGGCAAACAUUUGAAGCAAGUUUUAUUCACCAACAAAUCAUUGACUACAGAGCAGGAAAUUUCAGGAAAACCAUGUAAUCUGGAAAUAAACAUUUUUCCUGCAAACACAAUGCCCUGUAAAUUUGACAGUACAGGGUCUACUUACUUUCUUCGCAACUCAUUGGCCCCACACUGUCAGUUUUCAAGAAAGAAAACUCAUGUAUGUGAGAAGUUGCUCCUCAGUGUUAAGGAUGGCAGAACUAAUACUGGAGAGAAAUCUUUUGCUUAUACUAGCAGUGUGAAAGCCUCCAGACAUAAAGACAAAGUUAUUCAGCAUCAGACAAUUCAGACUUUGCGGCAAGCUUUUAAAUAUAAUGAAUGUGGGAAAGAUUUUCUUGAAAAGACUACCAUUGCUACACCUAAGAGUACCCACCCCAAAGUGAAAUCUUAUAAAUUUAAUAAAUUUGGGGAAAAUCAAUGUGAUAAAUCAACCUUGAUAGUAUCUCAGAGCAAUCAUCCAGAGGAGAAGAGUCACUAUGAGUUUAGUAAAUACGAAUGUACUGAAAACGGAAAUAAUUUCAGUAGGAACACUCAAAGGACAGACACAGAAGGGGAAUCUUUCAGCCAAAAAUUACACAUUAGAGAACAGCAAAAGAUUAAUUUAGGGGUGAAACCCUUUGAAUAUGGAAAGAAUUUCAGCCAUAAUUCAGCCCUCCCAGUGCUCCAACAAAUUCAUGCAAUAGACCAAUCCUCUGACUAUGACACAUGUACAGAGACAUUAGGUUACCAGUCAACUUUCAGUGUACAUCACAGAACUCCAAUAACAGUGAAACCCUGUGAAUGUAAUGAACGCGGAAAAUCCUGCACUAUGACUUCACGCCUGAUUCAGCUUCCGAAAAGUCAUACAGAGAAACCCUAUGAAUGUCAUGAAUGUGGGAAAGCUUUCAGUGAGAAGUCACGCCUAAGAAAACAUCAGAGAACUCACACAGGAGAGAAACCCUAUAAAUGUGAUGGAUGUGAGAAAACUUUCAGUGCAAAGUCAGGCCUAAGAAUACAUCAGAGAAUUCACACAGGAGAGAAACCUUUUGGAUGUAAUGAAUGUGGGAAGUCUUUCAACUAUAAAUCAAUUCUCAUAGUACAUCAGAGGACGCACACAGGGGAGAAACCCUUUGAAUGUAGUGAAUGUGGAAAAUCAUUCAGCCAUUUGUCAGGCCUAAGGAAUCAUCAGAGAACUCACACAGGAGAAAGACCAUAUAAAUGCGAUGAAUGUGGGAAGGCUUUCAAACUGAAAUCAGGUCUAAAAAAGCAUCAUAGAACUCAUACAGGGGAGAAGCCCUAUAAAUGUAAUCAAUGUGGGAAAGCUUUUGGUCAGAAAUCACAACUCAGGGGACAUCAUAGAAUUCACACAGGGGAAAAACCCUAUAAAUGUAAUCAUUGUGGAGAAGCUUUUAGGCAGAAAUCAAAUCUCCGAGUGCAUCACAGAACUCACACGGGGGAGAAACCCUAUAAAUGUGAUGAGUGUGGAAAAACUUUCAGGCAGAAAUCAAAUCUCAGAGGACAUCAGAGAACUCACACAGGGGAGAAACCCUAUGAAUGUAAUGAAUGUGGCAAAGCUUUCAUUGAGAGGUCAGUCCUAAGAAAACAUCAGAGAAUUCACACAGGAGAGAAACCUUAUAAUUGUAAUCACUGUGGAGAAGCUUUUAGCCAGAAAUCAAACCUCAGUGUACAUCAGAGGACUCACACUGGGGAGAAACCCUAUAAAUGUGAUAAAUGUGAGAAAACUUUCAGCCAGAAAUCAAGCCUUAGAGAACAUCAGAAAUCCCACAUGGGGAAUUAAACAUAUAAAUGUAAUGAAUAUGAAAACACUCUGAGCUGGAAAUCAAGUCUCACAAUACAAAAUAAAAUACAUAGGAGAGAGCCCCUAUGAAUAGAAUAAAACACUUGGAAUUUCGUCUGGAUGAUACCAGCUUUCACUAAACAUCAGAGAACUUAACACAAGAGAGAAAUUCUUGGAAUACAUUUCAUAUGGGCUGUUUCAUCCUGGGUGCAGUCCUCAUUGUACAUCAGAGAACUCAAUUCAGCAAAGAAACUCUAAAAAGAUAAUGAAUACAAGAAAUACUUCAUACAUUUAAUCCUCAAAAAACUAACACUGCAGAAGAACUCUGGGAAUGUAAUGAAAAUGUGUAAACUGUGCCAGCAAUCAAAAUUCAUUCAUCAGCAGAGAAAUCUAACAGUGAGAAGACUGAGAAUGUAAUAAAUAUGUGAUAACCUUUAGCUAAAAUCCAGCUUUCUCAGUAAAGCAGAAAAUACAUAACGGUAGAGACCUCACAGUAUAUCAGCAGAGACAAAAUCAAGGUUAUAGAUGUGGGGAAUCUUAACUAUAAGUCACAUCUUUAUUUAACUAACAGAGGGUAACAACAUAUCGUUAUGACAUGUAAUGACUAUUAAUUGUUCAGGAACCAUUUCCUCUUCUCCCUCAUGCCACACCUAGUCUAAAUUUCUCAACUACCCUGCCAUCCAGAUGAGAUCAUAUUUUUAAUGUCUGGAUAGUGAUAGUUAAAAAUAUGAGAUCGUAUUUUUAACCAAUGACAAAUCUUACUAAAUACAUCUCUUGAAGUCUUUAUAUUUUCUCCUAUCCCUUAGAAUGGAGUGAAUGUUACCCCCAGCAAAACCAAGGGGCUCAUGCACAGAAGAUGAAAGAGUACAAAACAGAAAAAAAUAGGACCAAAGAGUGACUGUUGAAUGAAAGUUUCUCCUACAUGUUCACAGAUUUUUGCCAUAAUGAAAUAAACUUGUUCUCUGAUGAGCUUCUAUAGGUUUGGGGUGUACUUAAUACUGACAUAUACUUACCCACCCUUAGUUAACAAAACCUAUGAAUAUGAUUUCUGUGGGCACAUGAACUCAAUGUAUAUCAGAAACAUAACACAGGAGAAACCUCAGACAGCAUCCUGAAUGACCAUAAUUUUUAACUCUUCCCCCUUAGGUAAAUAUCAGGGAAAGAUAAUCUGAUAUUUCAACAUAUGUAGGUAAUCCUUUACCCAGAAAAUGAGCUGUCAUAAAUAUCUGAUAAUUGAGUUGUGAAUGUGUGAAAGCUUUCAACAAGUCAUGAAACUUUAAUAUCCCUCAGAGUUUGUUAUAAGGGACAGUUUUAUCAAUUUGAGAAAGGUAAAAAUAGCCUUUGUGUUAUAUCAAAACUAUUGUUUCACAUGUUAUAUUAAUACAUUUAAUGAAAUAUAACAAUAUUGGUUCGUGAACAUUCACUAGACUAGGAAGCUUUAAAAAACAAGAAAUAAAUUGCAUAAACUGCACAGUAUUGAAUGUAUGUGAAUAUUUUCUGAGUUCUCUCUCUAUUGUUCGUCCAUGUGAGUUUUUAUAUGUGUGCCACUUAGGUGUUUGUUUUGCGUGUAUUGGAACUCAACUGCAUUAUAAUAGAGUUAUGUACCCCUUACUUGGUAACUACUCUGGUAUGAUUUGCCCUGUGUGUAUUAAUAACAAAUCUUUUAAAGAAAGUAUCUGAAAAUUCAGAAUUCUAUACCACAUUGCCUUUCUCCUGCUGCCUCCUGACACAGGCAUAUAGGAAAGGCCAUUGUUACUAAGCUGUCUUUUUCCAACAAAGUCAAACAACAUUUUCUGUGUACUAUUAUAUCAUCUCAGGGUCACUAAUAGAAAUACCAUAUUGAAGCAUAUACAGAUAGAAAUGUAUAUAAAUGCUACAUCUGUGUUCUCUCUCUCUCUCUUCAAUGUCACUAAAUAUUUUCUCAGUGGUAUCAGUAUACUGAUGAGCCCUUUGAAGGCAUUCUUCAUUUAUUGUAUGUUUUUUAUUUCUAGCAUUUAAACUCUUUCCAUCUCUCUGCUGAAAUAACCCAGCUGAUCUUGCAUGUUGUUUAGCUUUUACAUUACAAUCACUUUAUAUGACAUUUGGUAUUCUUUGUCUCAGUUAAGCAACUGCUUGGGCUACUGUUUCACGCUGCAGCCACCUAGCUCACCAGACUUUGGGCUGUUUUUGUUUGUUUGUUUGUUUUGUUUGCCCUGUAACCUGAUGAAUGUGAUGUAUUCAAGAAAAGUUGUUAAUGUAUAGUCUUCGCAGCUGUUUUCAUGUUUUAAGAAUAGGAGCAAUGCUCUUUCCUGUUCUCUAAUGAUCUGAACUGUAACUGAAAGUUGUUAGUUGAUUUUUGGUGUAUAUUCCAGGGCAAUUUGAUGGGAAAAAAAAUAUUUUUUUUCAAAAAUGGUGAUUAAAAUAAUUGGAUAUUCAUAUAUUUUAAGUGCACCUUGAUGUUUAUACCUAAUUAAAGAUUUAUUCAAAAUAAAUCACAAACCUAAACCAAA